CUAUUAUGGGGAAGCAGGGUGGUGGUCCCGCCUCCGCUGUAAAAGCGAGUCCUGGAAUCCCUACACGAGACCCAUCCUGGCAUAGUCCGAAUGAAGGCGUUAGCCAGGAGCUAUGUCUGGUGGCCGGGAAUGGAUGGGGAGAUUGAGACGUGGGUGCGCAGGUGUCAAACGUGUCAGGAGUCAAGGCCUGCGCCCCCCAGCGCCCCCGCCACACGGUGGGAGUCCACCCGGAAGCCCUGGUCGAGGCUCCACAUCGAUUUUGCGGGGCCAUUCCAGGGUCAAACCUUCAUGAUCAUUGUGGACGCCUAUUCCAAAUGGCUGGAGGUCAUUCCCGUAGGGUCCACCUCAGCGGCCGCCGCCAUCAAAGCGCUGCGCAGGGUCUUGUGCACGCACGGUAUUCCGGAUACCGUAGUCUCAGAUAACGGGACAGCAUUCACAGCGGCGGACUUCCAAGGGUUCCUCAAUAGAUACCUGAUUAAACACAUUCGCUCCGCCCCCUUUCACCCGGCCACCAACGGCCAGGCGGAGCGGAUGGUCCGCACAACCAAGGAAGCCUUAAGCCGCAUCGUUCAGGGAGACUGGGACCACAGACUAGCUGUGUUCCUUUUCGACAACUGGGUCACCCCCAACCCGGCCACCGGGGUCAGUCCGGCCGAGCUCCUCAUGGGGCGC